GUGCUACUAUUGCAUCAUGUUGAGGCUAUUCAACCUGGCUUGCAAUGAUCUUCUCCUUCAAGAAAAGAUAUGAGUGAAUUCCAGCAAUAGCAUUUAAUUGCACUUCACGACAUUCUGCAUAGAUGUGUCUGGGUAAACUGAUGAGGAAUAAACUCCCAUGUCCAUGUUGUGGACGACUCAGAUGAAACACGGGAUGCCUGGCUUUCUAUUUCCAGAUCACGCUGAGUAAGAAAUCUCAGAGCAAGCUGCUUUUAGAGCACUAUCAACGCUGCUGUGCUGAGCUCGAGUGAGAAGCCAUAAGGAAUUAGAUGAGAAGACCUUUCAAAAAUGGAUACCAGUUUGUCAGAGGAAUGUGUAAGGAUAGAUGCAGAUCCUCAGGUGACAAUGCUACAGGGUGAAGCAAUAUCAGAGGAAGAAGGCACAGAAAUCAGUGAUGAAGUGGAGGACCUAAGCAACAGUUUACGAGAGGCCGUCCAUGAUUCGACCAUCCGACCUAAGCUUCAGUGUCUGAUGAUGGACCCCUCUUUCUCCAUGGUAACCGUGCAGGGCGAAGACAGUGGCAUCCAAUGGGAGACCACCCCCAGUCGCGCCUCCACCCCUUGGGUGUCCGACGGUCGCGCCAGCUCCUUGGAGUUCUGUUCCUCCCCCACGGAGAGGUCCGCCACACCGGGGUCCGGAGUUGCAGGCAGGAUCAUCUUCAUCAUGGACGAGGCAAAGAUCAUCAGGAGGAAGAGGACCAGAGAGAGGGACGCCGGACGCAGAAGCAGGGCAGGCAGAGAGACACCCGUGGUUGACGCUGAGGACUCGGAGGGAGUCGCCGCGAGGCCAGAGCUGGUGGGGGUCUCCUUGCCCAACGUGAAAGGCGAGGGAGAAGCGGAGGAGGAGGGAGCGGUCGACCCUCGAGAAGAGAAGGAGCAGCGCCUAUUCCGGCUCGUCUCCGAGGGCUCCGAAAUCCUCAACAUCGUGGUCCCGCCAAAGCUGGCUUCGGUCGACGAGGAAGAAAGCAAAGCAAUGGAGGACAAUCUGUCAUUCCUGGAGGAGACCCCCGUGGCUAAACCCACUGACAUAGACGGCGACGAAGUGUUUGACCCUUGCAUUGACGUGACAGUGCCUGGGCAGGCACCAACAGAGCCAGGUGGGGUCCACAGCCUGGGUGUCCCUGGGGGUUCACAAGUCGCUAGGCCGGACGGGACAGAUCCACCAGGGGCUCCAGUGGCCAGACCUCCAAGGACAGGAGCCGAUAUCGACACAGACUACUUUGAAACGUUUACCUUGAUGGAUGCAGAGGCUGCCCCGGGAGCCCCGGCUGCUGUGACCCUAGAAGGGCAGGAAGAGACUGAAAAAGGGUCCGGAGGAGAGAACCAGGCAGGUAAAGAGCAAGACCAGCCCAGAGAUACCAGUGAUACUCAAGACCAGAGUGGCGCAGUGGCCAUCUUUGGCGAGGAAAUCGCCAGCGAUCAUCUGGAUGAGGUGUUCUAUGGUGGCACGGAUGACGUCGGCAGCUUUCUGGAGGGAGAGGAGGAUGGAAACCGUGACAAAAGUGCAUUCUCCAAGUCUCCUCUGAAAAAGAGCGGUUCGUCUCUGUUUGGUAGCCAGGAAGAUGUCCUCACCCCCAUCUUCCUCUCUCCGGGACCCCCUAAAAUCAUCGAUCCCGCUCUUCUGGAUGAGCCCAAGGCUAUGGCCUUCCUGUACACAGACUUGUAUGAGGAGGCAGUAGGGAGUAGGGAGAAGGAAGAGGAUGCAGAGAGCGUGGCUUCUGAAAGGUCCUUCCACAGCCGACAGUCAGACCGAGAGGCCAGGGGCUACCUAGAGAAGUUCGUCCUGAAGGACGAGACACCAGUCGAGGACAUGGAACCAGACGAGGAACGUCGCAUCAAAGAGGAAAGGCUUCAGAAGUGGUCUGAAAAUGCACACAAGCUUCUCUCACAACCCCACGAAGGAGAAACACAAGAAGACAUGCCAGAAGCAGAAGAGGAAAUAACAGAUUUUUUCAGAACGAGCGCCAGCUCCUCUCCUAGCGACGCCGAACCGUUCCCCCCGUUGUUACCGGAGGAAAACGCCACAGAACUGACCAAGGAGGAAGUGAAAGCCGAAGAAAAAAGCCUCACAAAGGCCCCGGAGGAGCCUCAGCCUCAGGUCCGCGCGUCAGGGGAAACUCUUGUGGAGGAAGGUAAGACACAACCGGCAGAUGAGCCACUCAAACCAAGCUCAGAGUCUUCCCCACAAGGGGUCGGUAAGACGAGCGUUCCUGAGGAGCCUGAGAUCCCGGCAAUCUCACAGAAGUGUAUCGCUCCAGGUCAGAAGGGUAAAGACCUCCCUAAAAAGGAAGUUCCACAAAAACAACAACCACCUUCUCAGAUUGACGGCGGCAUAACCAAUCAGAAGCCCCUGACGCUGGAAGCCCCUCCCAGACGAAAGACCACAGCUCCUAAGGCUACUCUGGACCUAACCCCUCUGUCCCCCGUAGAAACUGCGGAGGAGGGAGAGGGGGUUGAAGGGAAGGAGCAGAGGGAGGAGGAAAAAGAAAAAGCCUCGCCGGCAGAAACCGCUGACGAGGGAGAGGGGGAUGGAGAUGAGACGGAAAAGGUGGACGUGUCAUCAUCGCCCCCUGCCCCUUCCCAAGAUGCAUUGCUCCCGAUAGCAGAUAACGACGCUACAGACCAAGGGCAGGUGACUCGGACGUCGGAGACUGAGCCGGUGAAAGAUAAGGAAAGCAACCAGGAAACAGAGAACCAAGACACAGCAGAGACUGUGUCUUCUUCUCCUGAGGAGGAGAAGGUUGAGGUGGCCGAGGCUGAGGAACGAAAAGAGGAGAACUGUGACGGAGAACCGGCUGAAGGAGAUACUAGAUUAGAAACAGCAGAGAUCGAAUCGGCCGAAUCAGCUGAAACAGAGGUUGACCCAGAGAAAGGAGGGGCUGGCGUAACUGAAUCAGCUGAAACAGACUCAGGAAAUCAAUCUGUGGCCUCUAAGGCUGAGCCAGACAGACAGCAUGGACGAUGUAUCAUCCUCUAAAUAUUUUCCGAGAGAAAAUUAAGCACAAAAUCAAAUGAAAAUAAGAUUAAUCGCAAUCUAAAUUUGGUUUUCUGUUGAUCAAGUUUCUUACAGAAAAGCUAACAAUAAGUCCUCUGCCAAAACUGCUUCACUCAUACGACGCAUAUGGUACAUGUACAAAUUUGAUCUUGAUAACUAUUUGUCUGUGUUUUUAUGUUACAAUUAAAAAUAUAAUUUCCAUCAGUACAAUCAA